GCCAAGUCUCAGUACGAUGAGCUCCAGGCGCAGCUCGUGGCGGCCAAGGAGCGGGUCGACAAGCUCCAGGCGACCGCGGAGCUCGGGCUCUCGGAGGGCUUCCAGCGUGAGGCGGAGAAGGCCCUCCAGCAGGGCAGGGACCAGGUCGCCGCGCUCGAGCAGUCGGCCCAGGAGGCCCAGCGGACGGGGCGCCCGCCCCACUCGGUCUUCCACAUCGAGGCCAACGCCAUCCAGAAGGUCGAGCGUCAGCUGGCCAAUGCCCGCACCAAGAGGGAGAAGCUCCAGCUGCAGGCGGCUGAGCUGCGUGACCUCAUCGCGGAGAAGCAGGAGCAGCUGUCUGCGGCCGAGUUGGGAGUUGAUGAAGUUGCUGGGCAGAUUGCUGAGCUGGAAGAGACCAAGGCCAAGGUCACGCAGCAGGCGAUCCAGAGGGCCAACGCGGCAGUCGGUGGUGUGCCGAGCCCGCUCGGGGACGCUGUCCAGGGGCUGCUCACGCAGGUUGGGGCCCUGUCGGACCUCCUCAAGCAGCACGGGGAUGAGUUGCCCCCCAAGUUCUCCGAGAUCGUCGACAUCCUCAACACGCAGAAGGAAGCGGUCGCUGACGUGCUCAGACCCCGCAGCAGCUCGGCCAGGAAGCGCUGGGGUGACUGCGUUGGCGACGACGGCCUCGCGACUGAGGACGAUGACAUGCCGCUCGACACCGUGCCCUCAGGUCUGCGGGUGGACCCUACGGGCCCGCAGUGGCCCGUGGCCAGCACG